CUGCGGCCCCGGGAGCCCCGCGAGCCGUCCGGGGGGCCACGGGCACGGGAGAGACCUGCGCGCCGCCUCUGCUGCAGCGCUCGAACCCCGCGCCCGGUGCACAGCUCUCCAUCCCCCGAGUCUGCCCUGCGCCAGCUGGAUCUGCUGGUCCUCAGCGCCAAGGCCCGGGAGGCUGCAUCCCAGCCUCUGCCGCUCGCUGCGGCUGCCACUGCCGCUGCUCGCCGGCUUCCCCUCCCCCCACACCCGGGGCUUAGAGCAGGAGGAGGAGGGGCCGGUGCGUUCUCGGCGCUGCUCUCUGCAACCUGCGGGGGCCGGUGCACGCCGGCAUAGGAGCCGGGGCCGCUGCAGGUGCGUGCAAUCCUCCUUGGAGACGGACUCUUCCCCUCCGGGCAAACCCGGGAGCUGCAAGCCGAGGGCGGGAGGGCAAGCGAGAGGAAGCAACAAAGACAGGCUGCAGCUGGGGCUGGCGAGAGGGGCCGCGGCCACGGGCCUCCCAGCGCGGACGGAGAGGGCGCCCUGGGAGAGGCGCGGGCAGAGCUGCAGCGGUGAGCCGGGACCCGGAGGGAGGCGCAGCGCCUCCCGCCGGACGCAUGGAGCACAGUCUCCUGCGAGGAUGCGCCGCCUGAGCGCGCGAGCGACCGGGGUCCCGGGCGGACGCCACCGGUGCUGAGAGGAAAAAACCUUUUCUCCGACUUCGGACGGCGCUUUCGGGAGCCCUCACCGACAGCUCCCCUUCCCACCCGAAGAAAGGCAUCGGGGGCCUUCCUCCGGCAAUCUUUAUCACCCUUGCAUGGCCAAGUCCCGCCGAUUGGAGCGUCCUGGCCUCUGAGACUUGGUGCCCUUCGCCUGCCUGGCUGACACGGGAUCCUGCUGCAGAACCUGCCCGGCUCAGGGCUCCCAGCUCAGCCAUGCUGGCCUGUCUGCAGAGGACUCAGAACCCACCCGGCCAACACCUGGCCUGUCCGAGCAAGAGCCUAGAGCUGCGCAAGUGCGAGUCAGUGGCCAGCUCUAUGCAUUCUGCCCGCUACCCAAGCCCAGCCGAGCUGGACGCGUACGCUGAGAAGGUGGCCAACAGCCCGCUGUCCAUCAAGAUCUUCCCCACCAACAUCCGCGUACCACAGCACAAGCACCUCGGCCGCACGGUCAACGGCUAUGACACCAGCGGCCAGCGCUACAGCCCCUACCCUCAGCACACCACCGGCUACCAGGGCCUGCUGGCCAUCGUCAAGGCUGCCGUCUCUUCUAGUGCGGCUAUGCCUGCUGGGCACACCAAAAGCGUGCUCAAGAGCGUGGAGGGCAAGCGGACUAAACUGUCACCAGCCACCGUGCAGGUGGGCAUUGCACCCUACCCGGUGCCCAGCACCCUGGGGCCCUUGGCCUACCCAAAGCCACCUGAGGCACCUGCCCCUCCGCCCAGCCUGCCUGCAGCAGCCACUGCCACCUCUGUGAUCCCUCUGCCGGGCCGGGGCCUGCCCCUGCCACCCUCCAACCUACCCUCUAUCCAUAGUAUCUUGUACCAGCUCAACCAGCAGUGCCAGGCCCCAGGCGCUGCACCCAGCGCCUGUCAGGGCGUGGCUGUGCCCCACCCCAGUCCAGCCAAGCAUGGCCCAGUGCCCAGCUUUCCUAGCAUGGCUUACUCCGCCACAGCCGGUCUGCCAGACUGCCGGAAAGGCACAGAACUGAGCCAGGGAGCCACACCAGCCCUGACACUGGCUGGGACCGCCAAACCUGCAGGGUAUGCGGAAGGUGGCCUAGACUACCUGCUGUGGCCGCAGAAGCCACCCCCACCCCCACCCCAGCCACUGCGAGCCUACAAUAAUAGUAGCACCGUAGCCAGCAAGUCCCCCGAGACUUGCGGCGGGCGGGUGUUCGAGCGGGCCAAUGGGUCCCCUCACAACUGUGGUGUGGGGCUGCCCACCGGCUUCACUGUGGGCCAGUACUUUGCUGCCCCUUGGAACAGUGUUCUGGUGACGCCUACUAGUGACUGCUACAAUCCAGCAGCAGCAGCUGCCGUAGUGACAGAGCUGGGGCCGGGUGCUGCCCGGGAGCUAGCCGGGCCUCCUGCAGACACACUCUCAGGCCUGACCAGCAAGAGCAUGUGCAACACAGCGGUGCUGAGCAGCAGCCUGCAGUCGCUGGAGUACCUCAUCAAUGACAUCCGGCCGCCCUGCAUCAAGGAACAGAUGCUGGGCAAGGGUUAUGAGACAGUGGCCGUGCCCCGGCUGCUGGACCAUCAGCACGCCCACAUCCGCCUACCUGUCUACAGAUAAGGGCUGCUGGGAGCAGUUGGUGCAUCGCACAAGGGCACCUUGCCUAAGGACAUGCCACUCGCAUCCUAGACUUGUACAUUUAUUGCAAUUGUCUGCAACUGGAGGAAGGGACGCCAUUUUCCUAUGCGCACAAAGGGGCUAACAAGGGAACCCUGUGAAUUCAGGCUCCAGUCACAAGGACGGCCUUGCCAUUCUUCACAUGUGGGGUCUCCUGGGGAGCAGUGAGAAGGGUGACCUGCUGGCUAUAACUGGAAUGCCCAAUCCAGCUCCUUUUCUGCACUCCCCCAGGCCUGGCCUGCACUGCUGUGGGGGGUUGAUAAGCCCAGGAAGUCCUCAAGGCCUGCAGUCCCCUGGCCCCACCAGCCCCAGGCCCCCCAGCAGCGGUACUGUAUCUCUCCAAGGCCUGCCCAAGCACUAAGUGCAUUUACAAAUCUCUGAGAAUGUUUUUUUUUAUACUAAAAUUGACCAUUAUAUUCUACUGUGAGAAGUGCAGUCUGCACUAUAUUGUUUUAAAAACGAAGAGAAAGAGAAAAAAAAAGGAAAACAGAUGGUGUCUCAGCUGUGGAUUCGCUGCAAAACUGUUUUCACUCU